UUGUACAUAUUUAUUUAUGUUGCGAUUGUACUGUUAAAAUUAAUAAUAUUCCUUGUGUAUACGUAACGUGUACAAUGUCGGCGUCAUAUAAUAUAAGAAUACUUAUUAUUGUAAUGAAGACAUUAACUUGCGAUAUGUGUGUGUAUUGUGAUAUCGCGAGAGACAAAGUACAAAGUGAUUAUUCACUACGAGUUCAUUCACUGUGUAAUUUUUGUUCUUGUGAUUUGCAGUGGACCAAGAUAUUGUGGAAUAAUCUGUAGCAUUGCUGUCAUACAUUGGUAUGCUUCCUGAUACGUGUGAAUGUAUUUCUUAAUGAAAAAUAAAGAAUAUAAAAGAAUUAUAUAUUAGUGAAAAAUCAUAUCUUGUUCCGCUAAACUGACUCAUGUCAGUUCAUAUAGAAGAUAACAGUCGUAUUAAUCAAAACUGUUCGAGAUUAUAUAUAGACGUCGACACCCGAUAGGUUUCCAUGGUAAUAAAGGCAAACAAAACGUGCAAUCGAACGACUCGACAAUAGAUUAAAUACUUCUACUAGUUGCGAUCUAUUCAACGCAAUCAUGGAAAUUAUAUGGUCGUACUAUUUUGGAACGUGAAAAAAGAAUUAUGUUUUCAAAUAAUUUUUUUUUAUUCGACGAUAGAUCACGUGUGAUUCAGCUUGACAAGCCAUCAUUGCUGAAAUAUUGUUUGGAUGAUAGUAUAAGAAGCGAUCAUUACUAGUGACAUAAUAAGAAAAUAAAUUAUGGAUAAUGUUGUGCACGAAGGGAUGGAGAAAAAGACUGUAUUCAUACCUGAUGGCACAAAUAAAAUGCCAUCAUGGUUAUUGGAAAUGACUGACAAUAUAGGAAAAUUGAAUAUAAGUUACAAUGCCAAAUCACAUGUAUCACAAGCAGAAGCAUUUUUAGUCAAUGAUCAACAUUACUUUGAGAACAGUACUUUCCAAAAGGAAGAUGAUAAUCUAGAUAUGCAAGCAAGCACAUAUUUAAAUAAUCUGUAUGAUAACGAUGGCAAUAUUAAAUUGCAAGCAUCUACAAGCAAAUCACUGCCAAAUACACCAAAAAGUAGAGAGAUACAAGUUAAACAGAAAAGAACACGUGCCUCUUCUGCUGUUGUGAGUGCAAAGCGUUGUACGAAGGAUGAUUUUCAUAAAUUAGAUGCAUAUUUAGAAAGGAAACAGAUGGAAAAACAUGGCAAUCAUUUAGCACUUAAAAAUCAUAGUAACAAUACAGGAUCUUACAGUGAAAUAGCUGAUUCUAAAUAUCCUCCAGUUUAUAAUUAUAUGGAUACAAAACAGAUACAAUUAUUAGAUGACAAUCAUUACUUAAAUUCAGCAUUUAGUAUACAGAGUAAAGAAAAGCAAAAACUAUCAUCUAGACAGUAUCAGGAAAAUUCGAAGUCUGACAUCUCAGUUGAAAGUGAUUUCGUCAAAGAUGUAAAUGAAUAUACAUCAAAUAAUGCUUUUCAAACAGAGAAACUCUAUAGAAACUUUAUUAUUCCUGAAUUACCAUCUGGCAACUCAUUAGUUAUUGAUAUUCUUUCUACCUGGGGUGACAAACAUUACAUAGGUCUCAAUGGUAUUGAGAUCUUUUCAAAUACCGGAGAAUCUGCGAAAAUAAAAGAAAUAUAUGCUGAUUCGAGUAUCGCUAAAUCAUUAGAUAAGGACUAUGAUCCUCAUAUUAUACACAACUUGAUUAAUGGUAUUAAUCGAACGAGAGAUGAUGCAAAUUUAUGGCUAACACCUUAUUCAAAUGGUGGCCAUCAUUAUGUAUAUAUAAUAUUUGAAGACACAAUAACUGUAGCAAUGAUUAGAAUAUGGAACUAUAAUAAAUCUAGAAUACAUUCCUUUAGGGGAGCCAAAGAUAUUAUUAUUAAAUUGAAUAAUGUUAUUAUUUUUGAUGGAGAAAUUGCUAAAGCAUCAGGAGAUGACCUGGGUAGUCUCGAUACUUUUGGUGAUACCAUUUUAUUUACGACGGAUGAAAAUAUUCUGGAAUUGAUAUCAAAACAUGAUAAUACCUUCAUAGAAUACAAUAAUGCAAUGUUAGACUCCGAAGAGAUGGAAACUAUUCGUCCGAUUACAGCAACGACCAAUGAUAUUAUUUCAGCAAGACAUAAAAAUAACAAUUUCGUUGAGAAUUCUUCUAACUUAUCUACAAAUAGUGAAAAUCACAACUCAGCUUCUAAUGCUCUAUCUUGUAAAGAAGUUCAAUUAAUUAUUACUUCCAAUUGGGGCUUACAUCAUCUGAUAGGUCUUACUGGUAUAGAAUUAAUUGGGGAUCAAGGCAUAGCUCUCCCGUUAGUAAACGCCAACUUACACUGUAAUAUAGACGAUAUGCAUUUAAUGAGGCUGAUUGAUGGACAUAAUGUUACCAUGGAAAUGGAUCAUAUGUGGCUAGCGGAUAUAACAUCAAAUAAGAGAGCUAUAAUAACCAUUAUUUUUAACACAGAUGUGUCUCUGACGGGAAUGCGGAUUUGGAAUUAUAAUGCAUCCUUAGAACUAUCUUAUUGCGGAGUGAAACAAUUACUGAUUAAAUUAGAUGGUAAUAUAUUACAUGAUAAGAACUUCGAAGGGUUCUUGUUGAGACGCGCACCGGGAUCUUGUCAUUACGAUUUUGCUCAAGAAAUCAGUUUUAUCAAUAAGCCAUUUUCCCAACUACGCCUUUCGAAUCAUCCUACCAAUUUAAUCAAGUCAUCCGAAGAGGUCGGUUCUUUAGAUUCAAAUUACGAGGCUCCAUCGAUGCCGCAAGGAUUCGUAUAUCAGAUAAUCAUUUUCUCGACAUGGGGAGAUUCUUACUAUGUUGGUCUCAAUGGAAUACAGAUAUACGACAAUCACGGAAAUGAAAUUAUGUUAACUACCGAGAAUGUAGCUGCAUUUCCAGAGAGCGUUAACAUAAUAGAAGGCAUAGACAACGAUAUUCGCACACCAGAUAAACUUAUCGAUGGAAUAAAUAAUGCUAAAGACGGUCGUCAUGCCUGGUUGGCUCCGAUACUUCCUGGACAAACGAAUCGUGUGUAUCUAAUAUUUUAUCAACCUGUUAUGGUAUCAACAAUUAAGAUAUGGAAUUACGGAAAGACUGUACAAAGAAGAGUCAAAGAAUUUGCGAUAUUGGUGGAUGAUCUAUUGGUUUACAAUGGAACAUUAGAUAAACAUAAUUCGUACGGUUUAGUAACGUUUGUAAAGGAAAGUAGUAACAAUGAGAAUGUAGUAAAUCGCCCAGAACAAGAGAAUCAAGUCUUGAAUCUGCGAAGAAAUACUUCAGGCACUAAUUCGUUGCCGGAUCCAUCUCUUCGCCCACAUACGUCUUUACAAUUUAAAGAAUCGUAACUACAUAUGUAUGGUAUAAUGUAUAUCUUAUAAAAAAUUGUGCAUGUAUUUUAUAGCUGCAAAAA